AUGACUGUAGGUAACAGCUCAGCUCUCACCUGCUUUCUCAAAGGAAAUAUAACUAUGCUAACAUGGACAAUAACCCCCAAGGCUGGAGGCCUGUGCACCUUGGUAUACAGGGUUGAUACGAACGAGACACACAGAACAACCUGUAGUGACAACAUAAACUGGAUAUUCAGAGCAGGUCUGCCUCCUGCCCUUGGGAUAUGGCAAGUGGGGCUAGCCCAGGAGGGAAAUUACAGCUGUGAAGCGGCAACAACAGAAGGGAAUUUCCACACAAGGUACCACCUGACUGUGCUGGCCCCCCCGAGGCUGAGCCUGUCCUGUGAUGAGCAGGGCAGCCCUGUGUGUGAGGCAGCGGCAGGGAAGCCACCGGCUCAGCUCUCCUGGGUCCCAGAGGGCAGCUCCACUGCAGAGGAGAAGUGCCACAACAACGGGACAGUGACUGUUCUCAGCAAGUUCACAGCGUGUAGCACCAAUGUCACCAAUGUGACCACCUGCAUGGUGUCCCACCCAGCUGGGAACUGGAGCCAGUCCAUAUCCUGCUGUCCCUCAGAUCACAUAAGCCUGAAAGAGAAGUCUGUGUGCCAGAAAGAUGAAAAAGAUGAAGAGCUGUGA